AUGGCAGCUAACACUCUUCGGAACAUCAUCGUCGUCGGAGGCUCGUUCGUCGGUCGCGUGAGAACAGCCCAGGAGCUCGCGAAAAUAAUCCCUCCAACCCACAGAGUCCUCCUAACCGAACCCCAUAGCCACUUUCACCAUCUUUUCACAUUUCCCCGAUUCGCCAUUGUCCCCGGACAAGAGCACAAGGCCUUCAUUCCUUACAGCGAGAUCUUUUCUGGUGCACCAAAUCCCGCCGCACAUGGCGUUGUCCAGGCUCGUGUCCUAUCAGUGAAUUCGCAACAUAUCGAGCUUGACCGAGAAUGGCAAGGAACCAAACAAAUUCCUUUUGAUUAUGUUGUCUUGGCGACUGGCACUCGGCUCUCCAAGCCUGCAGCAAUGGAUAGCGAUGAAAAAUUGCCCUCGGUCGAGUACCUACAGAAACACCAGGCCGAUGUCAAGAGAUCAAAGUCAAUCCUGAUCGUUGGCGGGGGCGCUGUUGGCGUUCAAAUGGCCACCGACUUGAAAGAGUACUACCCGGAGAAGGAUGUCACUGUGGUACAGUCACGCCCGCGCGUGAUGCCAAAUUUCCACCCAAAGCUCCACGAGCUUGUUAAGCGACGAUUUGAUGAGCUUGGCAUUCGAUUGGUUACUGGGUCCCGGGUCGUCAUCCCAUCGGGGGGCUUUCCUAAUGAUGGAAACGCGUUCGAUGUUCAAUUAACAAAUGGGACGACAGAAUCCACUGAACUCGUGAUCCUGGCGACCGGACAAACACCGAAUAAUCAGAUGGUCACUGGCCUAACACCUUCGACACCCGAUGGUUCAUCCGUGAUCAACCCUGACAACGGAUUCCUUCGAAUUCGGCCAACGUUGCAGCUCCUGGAUGAAAAAUAUUCAAAUAUAUUUGCUGUUGGUGACAUCGCCGACACAGGCGCACAAAAGGCCGCCAGACCAGGCUCGGCACAAGCUGCAGUGGUUGCAAAGAACAUCCUGUCUUUAAUUGAGGGCAAAAAUGCGGAAGAUACCUUCGUCAAGGGUCCGGGGGCGAUUCAUCUUACUUUAGGAAUGAAAUAUAACGUCAUUUUCCGCAAUCCCAAUACCGCAGAGGGCACGACAGAACCUUGGAUCAAUGAGAAGCAAGAUGGCCAAGAAGAUAUGAAUGUGGAAGCCAUGUGGGGACGGCUGGGUAUUACAGUCGAUAAUGCUCGCCAGUAUCACCUCUAA